UCCUGCCUGCCACACUACUGAUGGUGGCUGGAGAGAGAAACUAUAAAGUUGCCUGUCAAGUGAAGGAGGAGUAGAGCAGAUUGAACCAUGAGAGAGAACUUUGCUUUUGUUUUAUCCCAAAACAUGGCCUUUCCUGACUGUAUGAAACCCACUGAGCUGGCUGCAGAAAAGAAGGGGAUAAAGAGGAAAAACUGGAGGAAUAGAAUACGAUUUCUCUUGAAAACAAACUCUUCCAAGUCAGUUCUACAUCUGAUUACAACGAGACCUUACAGGCCGACCGCUGAUGACGUGCAGCAGUGGGCGCAGUCACUUGACAAACUACUCAGUCACAAAUAUGGAAAAGCUGCAUUUUGUAUCUUCCUGAAGUCUGAGUUCUGUGAGGAGAACAUUGAGUUUUGGUCUGCAUGUGAGGAUUUCAGGAUCCUCACGUCAAAGAAAGAGAUGGCCUCCAAGGCCAACAUUAUUUACGAGGAGUUCAUUAAAAAUGAAGCUCCCAAAGAGAUAAACCUGGAUUUCCACACCAAAAAUGACAUCGCCAAGAGCCUCCAAGAGCCAACUACUGCCUGCUUCCUGACAGCUCAGAGGAAGGUCUACAGCCUGAUGGAGAACAACUCCUACCCCAGAUUUAUCUCCUCCGACCUUUACAAAGAACUGAGUGCAGCUGCCAGGGGAGAGCGCAAGCACAUUAAGUCCUAAUCAAACUAGACUCCCCCUCCUGAAGUCAUUUGUUUACCACUGUUACUGUUUGAAGAGCUGAGGAUGUUCAUUCCAAGCACUGACUAGGGAUAAUAUUCUUCGAUGCAAAUCCUGAGCAGGAAGCCAUUUUUAGACCAUCCUGCCGGGAGCUCCCCACCAAUGAAGUCUGGAUGAUAAGGCUGGAUGCUGUAUGCUGCUGAAGGCGUUGCACAGAUCAUUUCCACCAGAUGGGAUUAAAGUUGCAUUUUUUUGACUGGGCCAUUACCUGCAUUAUUUAAAUGUAGUAUUUCGGGAAAUGAUGCGAUUCUAAAGAACAUUGUUAAAGAUUAACUGCAUUCAAGGCUGAGAUGAAUGGCAAAACACUAAAUGUAUCUCUAAGGACGAUGCUGUUAGAAUGUAUUUGUGUGCUGAUUUCCACUUGAAGACUUUGCACAGCUUUCAUACACACAGGACGUGUUGUGUAAAUGAAAACAAUAAUUUGCAUCUGUUUACACAUAAUGUGUGAUUUUAACUUAUAUAUUCACAACUUACACUGAUGAAUGUAUUUGACGUGAAAUUACUGUGAUAAAUGUUAUGUAUUGUAAAUAUUGCAAAUGUUGUUUCUGAAUUUAAUUUUGCAGGCAGCUGGACUGCUUGAGAAAUAAAAUGUAUUCUAGUUCUGAA